CAAAAAAUUGAACACACCAGCAGUGUGAGGAGACCUGAAAGUAGCACAUGGCAUGGCAGAGUGUGGCGAUGGAGACAGCAGCAAUGGGAGGCCGUACAGGGACCCAUGAGACACUCUGGACCUGGCAGCAGCAUGAGGAGGCGGUAUAGGGGCCCAUGGCAGAUUAGGGGCCUGGCAGCAGCUAUGGGAGGCCCGUAAUCUGCCAGCACCCUAUGACAAAAAAUGGAACCCACCAGCAGUGUGAGGAGACCUGAAAGUGGCACAUGGCAGAGUGUGGCGAUGGAGACAGCAGCAAUGGGAGGCCGUACAGGGACCCAUGACAGACUCUGGACUUGGCAGCAGCAUGA